AUGCCCUUGCAGAGACCGUCCUGGCUCUGGCUGUACAUUAGAAUCGGUGUCAUUCUGAGUUUCUUUCCGGGACAUGAACCAAGCAACCCUGAGCAACAUGAGAAAAGCAGCUGCUAUCAACUUAACAGAUUUUCCUGCAACUUCCACGCGGCAAAUAUAUACUGCCACAGCCAGAGAAGACACCUAGCCCACACGUGGAACCCAAAGCUUCAGGAUUUCCUACAAAACUCCCCCCAAAGAGAAACAGUGUGGUGGGUUGGGGAAAACCUAAAGCUGCCCAGAAAGCAUCCUGGGACAGGAGAUGUUGCCAUCCCAAGGAACCAAAGCUUUGCCGACUGCACUUCCGUGGUCCUACGCUCUAGUGCCGCCUCCACAAGACUGGAGCCAUGCUUCAAUACACAUCAUUUCAUCUGCCAGGCUGCCGCUCCACCCUUACCCCCUCAAGGUGCAAGCAUUUGGAAAAAAGAGCUUGGUCCUCGGACACCCAUGAAACAAAGAGGAGCUGAGACGAAGAGACAUGUGACCUUGGGAGAUGAUCACGCGUUAGCCAUUUGUCGCCCACCCGCCACUGCUCCUGGACUUUCUGAGACACAGUGCUUUCCCAUCAACCCAGUUUCUUCAGUACCUCCAAAAGCCACGCACAAGAUGGCAGUCACAUCCCCGACCAGAAGGUCACAGGUGACAUCAGACACCUCUGCAUCCAGCAGCCCACCCCAGGUGACACCAGACACACCUGCAUCCAGCAGCCCACCACAGGUGACACCAGAAACCUCUGCAUCUAGCAGCCCACCCCAGGUGACACCAGACACACCUGCAUCCAGCAACUCACCCCAGGUAACAUCAGACACACCUGCAUCCAUCAGCCCACCACAGAUGAUAUCAGACACACCUGCAUCCAGCAGCCCACCACAGGUGACAUCAGCCACACCUGCAUCCAGCAGCCCACCCCAGGUGACACCAGACACACCUGCAUCCAGCAACUCACCCCAGGUGACAUCAGACACACCUGCAUCCAGCAGCCCACCCCAGGUGACACCAGACACACCUGCAUCCAGUAGCCCACCCCAGGUGACAUCAGACACCUCUGCAUCCAGCAGCCCACCCCAGGUGACACCAUACACACCUGCAUCCAGCAGCCCACCCCAGGUGACACCAGACACCUCUGCAUCCAGCAGCCCACCACAGGUGACACCAGACACACCUGCAUCCAGCAACCCACCCCAGGUGACACCAGACACCUCUGCAUCCAGCAGCCCACCACAGGUGACACCAGACACACCUGCAUCCAGCAGCCCAGCACAGGUGACACCAGACACACCUGCAUCCAGCAGCCCACCACAGGUGACAUCAGACACACCUGCAUCCAGCAACCCACCCCAGGUGACAUCAGACACACCUGCAUCCAGCAGCCCACCCCAGGUGACAUCAGACACACCUGCAUCCAGCAACCCACCACAGGUGACAUCAGACACACCUGCAUCCAGCAACCCACCCCAGGUGACACCAGACACACCUGCAUCCAGCAGCCCACCACAGGUGACACUAGACACACCUGCAUCCAGCAGCCCACCACAGGUGACAUCAGACACACCUGCAUCCAGCAGCCCACCCCAAGUGACAUCAGACACCUCUGCAUCCAGCAGCCCACCCCAGGUGACACCAGACACACCUGCAUCCAGCAGCCCACCCCAGGUGACACCAGACACACCUGCAUCCAGCAACUCACCACAGGUGACAUCAGAGACACCUUCAUCCAGCAGCCUACCCCAGGUGACAACAGCCACACCAGUACCAAACAGCCCACCAUGGCCUGUGAUAACAGAGGUCACCAGGCCUGAAUCCACAAUACCUGCUGGAAGAUCUUUGGAAAGCAUCACUUCAAACACGAAGGAAGACUCUCACCCAGGAGUCCUCUCCACCCUUCCACAGAUGUCAUUUCAGAAUUCAACCGAUCAGGUCAUAGAUGAGACAGCAGGGAAGCUGAUCUCAACAAUUCCUGAUUUUCAAGCUCACAAUGAAUUCCUGAAAGCUUGCACCAUCCUCCAGAGACUUAGAGACGUCCGGCCAACAUCUCCCACACCAGCUCAGAAGGACAACAGUUGGAGCUUCCAGACUCCAGCAGUCAGCUGCCCCUCCAAGCCCAUUGGAAGUCCAAUAACAGCUGAGAAAAGCAGUCAUCAGAUGGCUCAGAACGACACGGAGCAGCACCCCACAGAUGGAGCGUACACUACAUUUGGGAUCGGCACAGGGGGAUCUGAAACUCCAAGUGAUAUGGAGGAGUUUCCAAGUGAUAUGAGACUACGGAGUGAGUUUGAGGUUGAAGACAUGCUGGAGACAUCCCUGAUGGCCCUGGGGGAGAUCCACAGAGCAUUUUGCCAACGAAGUCUGUGCCCUCAGUCGGCAGUGACCCUGGCCUCUUCCACUGCUACUCUGGUGCUGAGCAGCCAAAAUGUGUCGACGUUGCCUUUGAGCACCUACACUCUGGGUGAGCCUGCACCUUUGAGGUUGGGCUUCCCGUCAGCAGAAGCGCUGAAGGAACUCUUGAAUAAACACCCAGGAGUGAACCUUCAAGUAACAGGUCUGGCUUUCAACCCUUUUGAGACGUCAGAUGACAGGAACAUUGUUGGAAGCGUUGGAAAUGUACUGCUGAGCUCUGGUUACCAGCCGAUCCAAGUCCGAGAUUUAACAGAAGACAUUGAGAUCGUGCUCUGGAGAAACGACAGCAUGGAGACCCAGCCGACCAACCUGAACACAAGUACAGACCGGUUCACAAUCUCUGUGAAUAUCACUUCCUUGGAGAAAACCCUCAUUGUGACCAUCGAGCCCGAAAGUCCCCUCCUAAUGACACUCUACCUGGGCUUCCAGGACCAGCCGGCCCACACUCACUUCUAUCUCAACGUCAGCCUGCCGAGGGACCAGGUGUGGCAGAAAGAUGAGGAGUACACAUGGGUGCUGACACCGGAGAGCCUGUGGUAUGGGAUUGGCACCUACUACAUAAUGGCCGUGGCGAAUAAAAGUACAGAGACAACACAGAGCACCCCCGUCCUGGUCUCAGUGGUCACAGCUGUCACCCAGUGCUAUUUCUGGGACAGAUACAACAGGACAUGGAAGAGCGACGGAUGCCAAGUGGGGCCGAAGAGCACCAUCUUAAAGACCCAGUGUCUCUGUGACCACUUGACCUUCUUCAGCAGCGACUUCUUCAUCGUGCCCAGGACGGUGGAUGUAGGAAACACCAUCAAACUGCUUCUUCAUGUGACCAACAACCCUGUCGGGGUGUCGUUGCUGGCCAGCCUCCUAGGAUUCUAUAUCCUCUUAGCCGUGUGGGCUUGGAGGAAGGAUCGAGCAGAUACGCAGAAGGUGAAGGUAACAGUCCUGGCUGACAGCGACCCCAGCUCUGCAUUCCACUACCUUAUCCAGGUCUACACUGGGUAUCGGAGGAGGGCUGCUACCACAGCCAAGGUCGUUAUCACUCUCUAUGGCUCAGAGGGACACAGCGAGCCCCACCACCUUUGUGACCCAGAGAAGAUUGUUUUUGAGCGUGGAGCACUGGAUGUUUUCCUUCUUUCCACUGGAUCCUGGCUGGGGGACCUGCAUGGCCUUCGGCUGUGGCAUGACAAUUCCGGUGACAGCCCUUCUUGGUAUGUAAGCCGGGUGAUCGUCAGUGACAUGACUGGGAAGAAGAAAUGGCAUUUCCAGUGCGAUUGUUGGCUGGCCGUGGACUUGGGCAACUGCGAGCGUGACAGGGUGUUCACACCAGCCUCCAGAAGCAAGCUCUCUUCCUUCAGACACCUGUUCUCCUCCACGAUCGUAGAAAAAUUCACCCAGGAUUAUCUGUGGCUCUCGGUUGCAACUCGACAUCCCUGGAACCAGUUUACAAGAGUCCAGCGACUCUCCUGCUGUAUGACACUACUGCUCUGUGACAUGAUCAUCAAUGUCAUGUUCUGGAAGAUGGGUGGCACCACUACCAAGAGGGGAGAACAAUUAGGUAAAUUUGCUGUGACCUUGUCAGAGCUGCUUGUCAGCAUCCAGACCUCCAUCAUCCUCGUCCCUAUCCAUCUCGUCUUUGGGCGGCUCUUCCAGUUGAUUCAGCCACCAGAAGCUCUGCCCCCGCUUCCUCUCAGCCAGGCUGCCUGCCCCUCAGCUCUGGUUUGUGAGGCCCCAUCUCUUAUACAGGUGGUCAAGGAAUUAAAGGAAACUGUGGGAUUUCUGCUCAGGAGAAGUACACAUCUGCUCUCGGAGUGUGAACAGUCUUUGUGGAGUUCUUGUGACAUUAACAAGCUGGUGAAGCUUUUAUCAGGCCUCAUUUACUCUCACCUAGAAGAUCAAGGCUGUCACCAGCAGACACAGUCCCACUGGGAAGACGGGGUGUCUGAAAAUCAUUACCAUUUGUGCCGCUACCUUCUCCAAGUUCUGCAGAGACUGAAAUCGCACUUAGAUGCUCUUGGUGCUGCUCAGGAUCGCCAGCCUCAUGACUUCUCAGAAGCAGUCAGCCAACUUCAAAACCUCCGGGAACUCCUGGAGACACAGACCCUUCCCAGGGAGCCAGGGCCAUGCAAGCAUUCAACCUGUUUCCCCAUCCUAAGCCCAGAAGAAGGGAAGAAGCCCAUGUCGUUUUGCCUGUUCAGGUGGUUGAAGUACAGCUGUUGGCUCCUUCUUGGUGUCAUCAGCCUGGCUUCAGCCUUUUUUAUAACACUCUAUAGCUUGGAGCUGAACAAAGACCAAGCCACCAGCUGGGUUAUUUCAAUGAUGCUGUCGAUACUACAAGACAUCUUUAUCAGCCAGCCGAUAAAGGUGAUCUUCCUGACAUUGCUGUUCUCCCUGAUGGCGAACCACAUGCCAUGGCUUAACAAAGACAAGGAACAACACGCCAGGAGAAUUGUAGCACUUUGGGCAAAGUGUCCUUCAUCGGCGCCUGGGUUGAGAGACAAGAACAAUCCCAUCUACACUGCCCCAGCAAUGAACAACCUAGCCAAGCACACACAGAAAGCCUGGAAAAAGCAGCUCUUCAGACUGACUGGUGGUACCCUGGUACAAAUCCUCUUCCUGACCCUGCUGAUGACUACCGUCUACUCUGCAAGGGACCCCAGUCGAUUUUUCCUCCACCGUGCUAUCUGGAAGAGGUUUUCUCACCGUUUCUCAGAAAUCAAAGCCAUAAAGGAUUUCUACCCCUGGGCCAACCACACCCUCCUUCCUAACCUAUACGGGGAUUACAGAGGAUUUAUUACUGACGGGAACUCCUUCCUUCUGGGCAACGUUUUGCUCCGCCAGAUCCGCACUCCUAAUGACAUACUCUUCCCAGUGUCUCCCCACGAACAAAUGAAGUCGUAUCCCCAACAUCAGGAGGACAAAGAGAACUAUGGAUCUGGCUGGGUGCCCCCGGAUACAAACAUCACAAAUGCAGACAGUAUCUGGCAUCAUCAGAGUCAGGAGUCUCUGGGAGGCUAUCCCAUCCCAGGGGAGUUAGCCACUUACUCAGGAGGAGGCUAUGUCGUAAGGCUCGGAAGAAACUCCAGUGCUGCAGCCAGGGCUCUGCAGCAUCUGGAGCAGAGGCGCUGGCUGGACCACUGCACAAAAGCCCUCUUUGUGGAAUUCACCGUCUUCAAUGCUAACGUGAAUCUGCUCUGUGUGGUGACCCUUGUCUUGGAAUCCAGUGGUGUGGGGACUUUCUUCACCUCCCUGCAACUGGACAGUUUAACUUCCCUUCACCCAUCAGAGAGGGGCUUUGCCUGGAUUAUCUCACAAGUCGCCUACUACCUUCUCGUCUGUUACUACGCCUUCAUCCAGGGCUGUCGGCUGAAGCGGCAGAGGUUGGCAUUCUUCACUAGGAAAAGAAACAUUCUGGACACAAGCAUCACCCUCAUUAGCUUCAGCAUCUUGGGACUCCAUGCGCAGAGCAUCUCUCUACUUCACAAAAACAUGCAGCAGUACCGCCAUGACCGGGACAGGUUCAUCAGUUUCUACGAGGCACUGAGAGUGAACUCCGCGGUCACUCACCUCAUGGGCUUCCUGCUUCUGUUUGCAACUGUUCGGGUGUGGGACCUACUGCGACAUCAUGCCCAGUUACAGGUCAUCAACAAGACACUGACCAAGGCCUGGGAUGAGGUGCUGGGCUUUCUACUGAUCAUCACACUCCUGCUCAGCAGCUACGCCAUGACCUUCAACCUGCUGUUUGGAUGGAGCAUCUCUGACUACCGGAGUUUCUUCAGGUCUAUAGUGACUGUUGUUGGCCUCUUGAUGGGAAUUUCUAAGCACAAAGAGGUUAUUGCUCUAUACCCGAUCCUGGGCUCGUUUCUGAUUCUCAGUAAUAUCAUCCUGAUGGGACUUGUGAUCAUUAAUCUUUUUGUUUCUGCCAUUCUCAUUGUCUUUGGAAAAGAAAGGAAGGCCUGUGAGAAAGAAGCUACACUGACAGAUAUGUUACUACAGAAGCUCUCAAGUCUGUUAGGAAUCCGCCAGCACCAGAAUCUUUCAUCUGAGAAACAUGCUGACAACACUGGUUCCUCAAAUCUCCGGGAAAGAUCAUCAAAGUCUAUGUCUUCUGAUGCUGAGGUACUGGCUCCAGCAGAUGCAGUCGGGAGUGUGUCUGGUACUGAUGGCAACUCUGGCAGUACAAAGGUGUUGUAAUUAUCCACCGGUCUGGAAGGGGGCUUUGCG